CACAAACAGGAUAAACGAAAGGGCAAAAUGGCGUUUUUUCUCAGUGAGGAAUUUUAGGAAGAACAAGUUACAAAUUUUGUGCAGUAAAGCUUAGAGAAAAUAAAUUAUAUUGCAGUUUGUAUUAUAAAAGCUUGCAUUAAUAAAACCAUUCAUAAGGAAAUAAGUAUACAAAAUCAAUGAAAAUGUAAAAAAGCUAACCCAGUUAAGAGGAAUUUGUAGUGAAUCAUAUAUUAAACGCCCUCAAUAACAUUCCUCGCACUCUUCUCCGAAACACAUACAACAACACAGGUGUUUGUGCAAUGCACAACUAGAACUUGUCAAGUGCAGUUUUUGCAGCACUCAAGAUGAAAACAACAAAUGAAGUGACGAGGCAAUAAUUGGUGAUGAGAAAGGGAAACAUCUAAUGUGUAUUGUGGAAAGUGAAAAUUUCUGCGAGAUUUUGUUUGGACGAAUCGAUUUUUUAACUUCCUCUGAGACCGAUGCACAAAGUUAAAUUUUUAAAUGAAAAUGCAUACAAAAAGCCAAAAUACAAAAGUUUAGUCCAUAUAACAAUUUGGAAUUGAUAUAAUGUGUGAAGAUGUUUGCGACAGUAGGGCGUACACUGUUGAUACUAAUGUUUUUGUUGCAUGUUGCAAGAAUCAAAAUGCAUUAAAAAAGUAAGAACAUUAGUGACCGUAAUAACAACGACAAAUCUAUUUCGCUUCACUGGAGCGUUCAGUUGCAGACGCAUCGUGCUCGCGCUGACUGCAGAAACCAACCACUACAAUAUUGGUAGCAAAACCAUUCGGUUGAAGUUUGGAUGAUAUCCCAAUGUAGUACGAUAAAAUCUAGAGCUAAUAAUUAUUAGAAAAAUUUUUAAAAUUGGCGCAUUAAGCCCAAAUAGUGUCUAACAAUGGAAUUAAAAGUAUGGGUGGAAGGCAUUCAGCGGAUCGUGUGUGGCGUUACAGUGAACACAACAUGUCAGGAUGUGGUUUUCGCGCUGGCGCAUGCCACUGGUAAAGUGGGCCGCUUUACGCUUAUAGAACGUUGGCGCAACAAUGAACGUUUGCUGGCGCCGAAUGAAAAUCCGCUUAAGCUAUUGAUAGAAUGGGGUGAAUAUGCCAAUGAUGUGCAAUUUAUACUGCAGCGUUCGGAAAAUAAAAUACAACAACAACAAGCGCAACGCAUAGAAAACACUGUUGCAAGCAACACUAGCAACAAUAACAACAGCAGUACUACUAACCAUGCCACAGCUGUGAUGUUGAGAAAGCCUCUAGGCUUAAGCAAUAGCAAUAAUAAUAAUACUAGUAAUAGUCAUAGUAAUAUCAACAACAAUAAUAACAACACAACUAGCAGUAAUUAUAAUCAACAGCAAGUAAAGUCUCCACACUUGUCCGAAUUAAACUCGAAUUUGAAUAUAUCGCCACACCUAGAAAUAUCACGAGAAUUGAAAAAGAAAAGUUUUGGACCUCAUGAUGUUAAACACAUUGAAAACAUUGGAAUUGUUAAGGGUAUUCCACAGCGUCCUAAUAACAGUAAAAUUAAUAGUACCAACAAUAAUAAUAAUAAUGUAAACAACCAACAACAUGUGCCGCUCCAAAAAUCACCCACACCCACAAGCUCUCCACUUUCUCCUCACGACGCGCGCAUCUCACGUUCACCCAAUUCAACAGCAGACAACAAUAACUCUUCGCCAUUGCCGCAGCUCAUACCGCGCCAUGAGAAAUCCCAUUCAAAUCCCACUGAAAUGUCCCGAACGCAUGCUCACACUUUUUCCGACGGUGCCGGAUUUUUUAACGAUUCGCAGCACACAAACAGUGACACCAACAAUAACAAUAAUAUAUAUCAUCAAUUAGGUACGCAGACUAGCAAAUCAAUCAAUGAAAUCAAUUUGGCUGUUGUGCGAGAAUCGCUUGAUCGUCGCAUAGCCGCAGACAGUCCGGAUGUGCUGUAUGCUACACCGCACAGCAAAAACUUCAAUAGCAGCGGCAACCAUCAGCACAAUAAUAACAAUAGCAGCAACAGUUGUAGCAGCAGUAGCAGCGAAAAUCUCCUCGAUAUCUACAAUGGUAAUGUUAAUCGUAGUGGCGGUGACAUGCCGCCAGAUUUAUUGUAUAAAAAUGCACCGACAAUAUCGGCGAACGGCGCACUAGUUCCACCACCCUACCGUGAUCCUCCGCCACCGCGCAAUAGCCCCUUGCAAUUGCAGCAACAUCAACUUCAUACUCAGCAAAUGUCAUCAGCUGGACUGGGUUCUGCAGUGGUGAAUAGUUAUAACCAAGAUUACAACAACACUAGCGAUUACGACGUGGAGCAUUUGAGCGGCAGUAGCAACGGUGUAGGAGUAAGGGAAGGUUGUGGCAGUGUCGGCAGUAUAGAGGAGAGCGAAAGUAUAUUUCAGGCAACCCAAUACAAUGAUUUGAUGCAGUUGAUCAAAUUUCAACGAGAAAAGAUUUCGGCGCAACAACUGGAGUUGAGUAAAUACGAUGCCGAGAUAAUUUAUUUGGAGAACAAAGAACGUGAUCAAGCGCAAGAGCUUGAAGCGAUUUCUCGUGAAAUUACUAAAGCCGAUCAGAUCUUUCGACAGGGGAGUGAGCAGUUGCAAACCCUACAGUAUGUUGAGGAAGAGAAUGAACUAGUGAAGCAGCAGGAGAAGACUUUGAAAUCUGAAAUUGCUUUGCUACGUUCCAAAUUGGCUAAUUGCGAAACUGAAUUGCUGCAGUGCAAGAACAAGAUUCGCCUGUUGAUGAACGAUAUUGAAGUGGAGCAGCGGAGUAAUGUGACUAAACAGAAGGCGAAUCGUCAAAAUGUUGAGCGUGACUUUCUCAUGGAAAUGGAGCGCAUACAAAGCGAAAUCGACCAGGCUAUACACAACACGGACACGUCCAAUAAAACUGCAGAAAAUUUGAAGAAAGAAAUCUUAUUAAUUGAGAAUGCAAUAACAGAAAAGAAGCGUCAGGUGGAACAAUUGGUCAACGAAAUGAAAGAAGUAAAUUUGCAAAGUCUGACGGUCACUACGUCCGAAGAAAUUAAGCAUUUUAUGGAAGGUUCCAAUAAACCCGGCAGUAGUCGUCGCAUAAUCGGCUCACCUAGGCAGUUGGAAAAUGCGGUACCCACCAGCAAAAAUCCGCAUGGUGUUUGGGUUUAAUUGUAAGGCGCAGUAGAAAAUUACUAUUCUGAAAUUAUUCUUAUAAAAAAAUUUAUAAUUGAGGAAAUAAUCCAUGCGGGAAAUAUGAAAUGCGCAAGACGAAAGUAAGCGAAAUUAAAUGAUAAAAAUUGAGCGCUUUGAAAAUUUCAAAAAAUACAUUUUUUCGAAGACGUUAUUCGACAGUUAGUGACUAGCGCACGUUUAUUGCUCUAUCAUUUAAUUGUUUUUCAAGCCGAGAUACAAAUUAUUGUAAAUCGCAACAUUUUAAGAGCAACAACGACAACAAUGUGCAUAUCAAAAACACAAAAAUACUUGUGUUACUAAAUAUGCUGCUGAACUACAGACGAAUUAUAAUGAAACGAACUAAAUUUAGAAACUCAACUGCACAUUUUUUACAUAUCUUGCAAACAAGGAAAUACAUAUACACCCAUUUGAAAUACAUUAUUCAAAAAUUUAUUAAGGCAACUAUUUCAAAGCCACUUUUUAUGGUGUAUCAUAUUUAAAAUAUGUACUUAACAUAAAUAAUCGUAUGUAUGGAAAGAAAGUUCAAGAAAUUUGUAUUUUCGACUAAAGUUCACAAUUAAAGAUCUCUGUUGAAACUUUAAAUGUUACAAAACAGUUAUAAGUAAUUUGUUAAUACAUAUAAACCCAACCCGAUACUAUAAUUCUUAUGCCACAAUAAGCGUAUGAAAAUUUUCAAAAAGAAAUUUUGCUGCUUUAGACUUACUUAGAGUGAUCUAUUUUCUUAUGAUUAUAAAUAUAAACAAAAUUAUAAGUGUUUUAAUGUGCAAUUCAAACACUUUGCAGCUUAAGACUAUAACAACGCAUUCCAUUUUGUUGAAUUUUACAACAACUACUGCUGCAUAUUUUAACAUUCCAAUAUUUUUUAGAAUAUUUUUUUAGCUUAAACUGCCUUUUUUAACCAAGUCAAGUAUGAUUUAAGUUUAUUACAAUAAUAUGUUUCGUAGGCGAUUUUAUAUUUAAUUUUAAAAAUUUUAUAGUUUAGUAAAAAGACUUGAGAGUGCAAAUUUACCCACGAAAAUUAAUAUGUUAAAAACAAAAGCCUUCAUUUUGAUAGAAAGGAGUCUGACAUGUGAAUGAAAAUCCAUAAGUCUAUUUAGUUUACAAUUUACAUAUUGAGUUACUUUAAGAUAAGCUCGUGCGAGAAGAGCUUCAAUGAUAUAUUAAAUUGUAAAUUUUUAGUUUGCUAAGCAACUCAUAAUUAUUAUAAUUCUUAUUAGCUAAAUAAUUUCUAUGCAAUAUUUGUGAGAAGUAACUGAUAAACUUAAAGUUGCCCCGUCGGGUGCUGUUAGAUUAAUACUUAAAAGCUAUUCGCAACAAAUAUAUUUCAUCUAAAUAAUAGUGCUUUAAUUUUCAUGUGCUUUAUAUGUAUAAUAGUUAAGUGAACUUUCCAUUGAGCAUUAAGGAUGUUUUAUAUAAAAUUUUUUUUUUCGACGUUAAACUUUAUUUGAAUUGUUGAAAGUUUUAAUUUUUUAAAUGUGAAAAUCUCGUUUCUACAAAAUGGGUUACAUAUA